AGACAGUUCCUCUGAGUGCUUCUCUCUCUCUCUCUCCCUCUCUUUCCUCUCCUUCCCCACCCUCCUAGUUUUGGCAAGGGAUUAAAGUGCUCCCCCCUGUGGCAGCAGUGACCCAGAAAUGAGUUUGAUUCACGGAGUCCUUCCUCCAUAACAAGUAAAACGUCAGUCAGAGAGUGCCUCGGUGUUCGAGUGUGAGAGUGUGUGUGUGUUGUGUGUAUGUGGUGUGCGAGUGUUGUGUAUGUGAGUGUGUGUGCAUGGGUGCGCGCGGGUGUGUGAGUGCAAGUGCAGGAGCCGCUCUCGGCUCGCCUCCCCACCCCGAGGCACCCUGAACUCAUGAGGCACCGGGAGCCGCGCUCGCUCGCCGCGAAACUCCGAGCCCACUGGCGAGCAGCACCAUUGCAGCAGCAGGUACCGGGGUGUCUGUGUGUGUGUGUAUGUGUGUGAGGCUGUGUGAGGGUGCGUGUGUGCGCGCGGGUGUGCGCGCGGGGGGAGGGGGGCGCGGCGGUGUGUGUGUAUGUGUGCGCGCGGGUGUGUGUCUGUGAGUGUGUGCGAGUGUGUGUACUGCGUGUGGGUCCGGACCCCGCGGCGGCGUUGGCGGCGGCUGCAGGACGAGCCGAGCCUGAGCCAGCCGAGCCCGGCAGAGCAGAGCAGAGCUGAGCAGAGCAGAGCUGCACAGCCAUAUUUGAUGGGUCUGUUGCUUUGCUCGGGAGUUCUCGGGAGUAAUUUAAUGCCGAAGGUCGCUGCCUAGUGGAAAUAAUCUAGCCGCCCGCCGUGUCCCGGGGAGAUCAUGAAACGAGGCCGGCUCCCUAGCAGCAGCGAAGACUCUGAUGACAACGGCAGCCUCUCUACGACUUGGUCCCAGCAGUCCAGAUCACGACACAGGAGAAACUCAUGUUCCAGACAUGAAGACCGCAAGCCCUCCGAGCUGGCACCCAGCAACUUUCCCUCUGGCCAGGAGAUCAGGGAUUUCAGCAGCUGCUACAGUCACUGCCAGCCUCAAGUGUUCAGGACAGACCUGAUCACGGCGAUGAAGCUUCAUGACUCCUACCAGCUGAACCCAGAUGAAUACUAUGUGUUGGCAGACCCUUGGAGGCAGGAAUGGGAGAAGGGAGUCCAGGUGCCAGUGAGCCCAGGAACCAUUCCAGAACCUGUGGCCAGGGUAAUGUCUGAGGAGAAAGCUCUCAUGUUCAUCAGGCCAAGGAAGUACAUCCUCUCCUCGGGCUCGGAGCCUCCAGAGCUGGGCUAUGUAGACAUCCGUACGUUGGCAGAUAGUGUGUGUCGCUAUGACCUCAAUGACAUGGACACUGCGUGGCUGGAGCUGACCAACGAGGAGUUCAAGGAGAUGGGAAUGCCCGAGCUGGACGAGUACACCAUGGAGCGCGUGCUGGAGGAGUUUGAGCAGCGCUGCUACGACAACAUGAACCACGCCAUCGAGACCGAAGAGGGGCUCGGCAUCGAGUACGACGAAGACGUCGUGUGUGACGUCUGCCAGUCUCCGGACGGGGAAGAUGGCAACGAGAUGGUCUUCUGCGACAAAUGCAACAUCUGCGUGCACCAGGCGUGCUAUGGAAUCCUAAAGGUGCCCGAAGGCAGCUGGCUGUGCCGGACGUGCGCUCUUGGGGUGCAGCCCAAAUGUCUGCUGUGUCCGAAGAAAGGGGGAGCUAUGAAGCCAACACGCAGCGGAACCAAGUGGGUCCAUGUCAGCUGUGCUCUGUGGAUACCAGAGGUGAGCAUUGGCAGCCCGGAGAAGAUGGAGCCCAUCACGAAGGUGUCUCACAUCCCAAGCAGUCGGUGGGCGCUGGUGUGCAGCCUCUGCAAUGAGAAGAUCGGGGCGUCUAUCCAGUGCUCUGUCAAGAACUGCCGCACCGCCUUCCAUGUGACCUGUGCUUUUGACCGCGGCCUCGAGAUGAAGACCAUCUUGGCGGAGAACGACGAAGUCAAGUUCAAGUCAUACUGCCCGAAGCACAGCUCGAGCAAGAAGUCGGAGGAGGAGAACGUGGGCGAGGGCCCCCCCCGGGAGAACGGGGCUCAGGCUGCUUCCCCCCUGCGCCCCCUGGAGCCCUUCGACAGCCUCGAGCAGAACCAGGCGGAGGCGCACCGCGUGAGCGUGCGCAAGCAGAAGCUCCAGCAGCUGGAGGACGAGUUCUACACCUUCGUGAACCUUCUGGACGUGGCCAGGGCCGUGCGGCUGCCCGAGGAGGUGGUGGACUUCCUGUACCAGUACUGGAAGCUAAAGAGGAAGGUGAACUUCAACAAGCCCCUGAUCACCCCAAAGAAAGACGAAGAGGACAAUCUAGCCAAACGGGAGCAGGACGUCUUGUUCCGGAGGCUACAGCUUUUCACGCACCUCCGGCAAGACUUGGAGAGGGUUCGGAAUCUCACGUACAUGGUGACUCGCAGGGAAAAGAUUAAACGGUCCGUGUGCAAGGUCCAAGAGCAGAUAUUCAAUCUUUACACUAAGCUUUUGGAACAAGAAAAACUUUCAGGUGUGCCUUCUUCCUCUUGCUCCUCCUCCUCCUUGGAAAGGAUGCUCUUAUUCAAUAGCCCUUCGGUGGGGCCCGACGCCCCCAAGAUCGAGGACCUCAAGUGGCACUCGGCCUUCUUCAGGAAGCAGAUGGGCACCUCGUUGGUCCACUCCCUGAAAAAGCCUCCCCAGAGAGAGCGGCCGCCCGGCGGGCCCGACGGCGAAGGCAAAGCCUCGCUCCGGGAGGCCCAGCUGUCGGGCGCCAGGGAAGGGCCGGCCGUGCCCGAGGCGUUCUUGGAUUUUGAAAAGACCUUUGCGGACGCGCACGUGAUGUCGGCGCAGCAGAAGAACGGCGCCGUCCUGUCGGACCACCAGAAGAGAAGGGACAGUCGCUCUCCGUGUGACUUCGUCAAGGGGGACCCGAAAGCCUCGCGACAGAACCCCAAGCCCCUGAGGCCCGCCGACCUGACUCAGAGGCAGUCGGACAACAAAAGGGCCGGGAACCCCCCCGCGACGGGGCAGUCCGCCCCGGGCACGAGGAAGGACUUAGUGCCUAAAUGCAACGGGUCUCUGGUCAAAAUAAACUGUAACCGGACCUCGGUCAAAGUGCCUACCACGCCUGCGAGCCCGGUGAAGAACUGGGGGGGAUUCCGCAUUCCAAAGAAGGGCGAGAAGCCGCCGCGGGGAGACGGCCCGGAGGAGGCCUGCCGCCCGCACGCCGGCUACCCCUACUUGGGUCUGGGCAGAGCUUCGCCCAAGGACAGGGCAAAGAGCAAACUAAAGACGGACAGCGAGAACGACGGCUACAUCCCCGACGCGGAGAUGAGCGACUCGGAGAGCGAGGCGUCCGACAAGAACUGCCGGCCGCAGAGGCUUCCCGCCAACGGCCCCAUGGCCAGGAGGACAGACAUCAUCAGGAGGAGCAUCCUGGCCUCCUGACGGGGGGCCGCGGGGUACAAACAUGUUCACUUGCACUUGGGACGGCGGGUUGGUCGGUCGGGUUGCUUUUUUUCCAGUCAUUUAUAAGUCAUUGUUGUGAGACGUUGAAAUGCUUUUUAUUUCCAGCUCUGUCGGGGAAGCGCCGCCGCUGACGGGCCAGGGGUCGCUGGUGCCCUCGGCGGCCCUCCCCGCUCUGCCCAAGCACAAGCGCGGCUUCCCGCGUGUACAAAAUCAAAGCUCGUCCCCGAGACGCCGUCCUGCGCCUGUCGUGACCAUUAAACUCUGCUUGGGUGACGGUAGCCCUCCAAGUCCUGCUUCCAGGCCGCGCGGGGUGGGGGAGGAGGGGCCGGGCGAGGAGGGGGCAUCGACGAGGGUGUGCCCCGCUAGGGGGGCGAGUCUCCGCCUUCCCUGCCAUCCUCUCAGUCCGGCUUCCCGCGGGCCCGCGCUCGAACUCUCCAAGGCCGGCCAUCAGGUUUGCACUAAUGGUAGGUGUUGGGGAAUCCCGGCUUCCAACACUAAAGGAUUCCUUUGAAAAUAAUAAUAAUAAUAAUAAUAAUAAUAAUAAAGGACCUAGCUAAAUAGGUUCAAUAUACAUAUCUAUAUUUUUGGAGAAAAAAAGGCAAUAAGUUGCAUUUAGCUCUUCAUUCAGACCUAUGCAGGAAAGAGACUGCGUUCUAUCCUGGAAUAGAUUUUGCAGCUGACGAGAGCUGAGACGGAUUCCUAAGUUGGACUUUGUAAUGGCAAAUGGCAAUAACUAGUAAGUAAAUUAUCAGCAAUAAUCAUCAAUUUAGCACUUCAUUUGCGUGGCAUUUUGUUUCCGCACUCCGCGUGGUGCCUCUGGGGCGAGAGGAUGGGUCGCGAGGGUCCCGCCCGGUGUCUUGGGGAUUCACCGGACUCUCCGUGACUCGGAUUCAGAGAAGAAAAGUCCAAACAGCAACAAAGGCUUAGAAAGGGCGGGCGCUUGGAACACCCCCUGCUGCCCCCCCCUCCCCCCAGCCGCUUCCAACCCACCCUCCCCCACUCCCAAGGGCGUCAGUCUCAGUUUUCUAACCUGCCUCCGCUGGGCAGGAUGCAGAACUCCGAUAUUAGAAGUGAAUGAUGAUUGCAUUCUGCGGUUUACUUCUAAGUCUUCCGGAUGGUGGUCAACAGAAAAGGCGUAUGGAAUGACAUCUUGCUAUGCAAGUUACCACACGCAUCCCCAUUGUGCUAUGCUUUCCUACGGUCGUGACUGUCCAAGUCUGGUUUGAUGGAUCCCUGGGAAGGGGGCGCAGAAUGAGCUAAAUCUAGAUGGACUUGAAUUGUUCUUGAAAUGGGGGGGGGGGUGAGGGGGGGAGAGGCUUCCCUACCAUAGGCACGUUGCGGAUAUCAAAGCGUUUUGGUGAAUUGGAAUUUUCUAUUCACUUUUAGGAUGAUUUAAAGCAGGGUUUUUGUUUGGUUUUGGUUUUUUUUACAUAAACCCUUUCCUGGGAAAAGGAGAAGGUGGAUUCUAAGUUGAUUUAACUUCGGACGACAGCAACAUCUCUGGGUGAAGGCUCAAUAGAUAGAGGGAUAUUUGAAAAGCCAUAGAAAGAAAACCUAAAUUUGAUGCUAGUAAUGACCUCUCACCAUUUUAAGAGGUACCCAAUUCAUUUGCACUAUUAUGAAUGCUAGUUUUGUGCAGAAAUAAUGCCUUAUCUGUUUUAUUCCCCAUAUUUAGGUUGAAAAGCUUUCAAAUGUUCCCAAGUUAUGCUGAACCAAAAAAUAAAAAACCUAACAAAAAAAAGAAACAAAAAACAAAAAAAGGAAAAAAAGGAAAGAAAAAGAAAAACCACAAAAAGCUACUCCAUGCUUUAAAAAAAAAAAAAUUCCUGCCCCAAACUGCAAAAUGGGAUAGAGCACGAUUUUAUAGCAGUUUCAAUAAGCUGUGCAAGUUAGUUUCAUGCCAUGUUUGGUACUCUGUUAAGGAAGAAUCCCCAAGUAUGGCAUCAACUAACCCAAAUCACCCUUCAUGCAUUCUGUUGGUAGAGAACCAUUUAAUGAUCCCCCAUCCUUCCCCCUCGGCUUUCCCUUUCCUCGUGCAUACUGACCAAGAAAUAUCUUUCAUUCUGAUCAGUGUAUUAUGUCAAAAGGUAGGCUAGUUAAACUUUUGUAAAGUUGCCUGGAAUGUCAUGUUAGGUUAUAAACAAACAAAAAUCGAAAUGAAGGGUUAUAGAUGUCAUGUACAAAACUUAUUUUAAAAUGGACAAAUCUGUCAUUACAUUUGUAAUCUUGUACAGAAAAUUUUUCACUAUGUGCCUAGCUUGGUGUCCAUUCAGCUAAAAUUUACAAAAAAAAAAAGGUGCAUGAAGAGAAAAUCAGAAAUUAAAGAAUAUGUAGAGAUGACUAUUUUAUAUUACAUGGCCCAAUCCUAUAUUUAUUUCUCUUCCCAUCUCCUACCCUUCCUCCCCUUUUGAAAAUAUUUAUAAAACUAGUUGAAAACAGCUGUAUUUUUUUUUUGUUGAAAUAUUUAGUAGAAUUGUGCCUUUUUGUCUGUAUGUGAAUAAAUGCUGUACAUUUUGCAAUACA